AUGUCAUCAGUUCUUGAUCAAAUUAAACAACACACCACCAUCGUUGCGGAUUCUGGUGAUUUUGAAAAUGCUACUACGAAUCCAUCGUUGAUAUUAGCCGCUACACAAAAACCAAAUUAUGCUAAAUUAAUUGAAUCGGCCGUCGAUUAUGCAAAACAAAAAGAUGAAUCCAUUGAUGAGAAGGUUGAGUGGGCGAUGGAUAAAUUGUUGAUUAAUUUCGGAGUAGAAAUCUUAAAAAUUAUUCCGGGAAGAGUUUCAACUGAAGUGGAUGCAAGACUUUCUUUUGAUAAGGAAGCAACCAUUGAAAAAGCGAGACGUCUUAUUAAACUUUACGAGGAAGCUGGAAUUAAAAAGGAAAGAAUAUUGAUCAAGGUUGCAUCUACUUGGGAGGGAAUUCAAGCUGCUCGUCAGUUAGAACAAGAAGGAAUUCAUUGCAAUCUCACUCUCCUCUUCUCAUUCCCUCAAGCAGUCGCUUGUGCUGAGGCGGGAGUGACAUUAAUUAGUCCAUUUGUUGGACGUAUUCUUGAUUGGUACAAGAAAAGCACUGGCAAAACAUAUGAAGCCGCUGAAGAUCCCGGCGUUCAAUCUGUAACUAGGAUUUAUAAUUAUUAUAAGAAUUAUGAUUAUAAAACGAUUGUAAUGGGUGCUUCUUUCCGUAACACUGGCGAGAUUGAAGAAUUAGCUGGUUGUGAUUUCUUAACCAUUAGUCCCAGUUUAUUACAUGAUUUGAAAGAAGACAAAAAGAAAAUUGCAAGAAAAUUGAGUCCAGAAUCAGCUAAAGCGACUUCAGAACCAAAAGUCACCUUUGACGAAAAAACUUUCCGAUGGGAACUCAAUCAGGAUGCGAUGGCCACCGAAAAACUUUCUGAGGGUAUUCGUAAAUUCGCUGAAGAUGCAGUUAAAUUAAAAGUUCAAUUAAGGAAAUCCUUGUCUUAA